AUGGCAAAGAGUCCAUUAGAUUUACUUUAUUUCAUCAUAAGAUGCACGUUAGGAGGAUUGCAGCUUGACCGUGAAGUGCGAGCCAUUGUUGGAUAUUUGUCCCAAGUCUCAGAAUGGAGUGUGAGGGAACAGCUGACCAGACUGACUCAGAUGGCAACUCUACUCAACUUAGAAAACUUAGCAGAAGUUUCAGAAUACUCGACCACAACCACGUGGAGACUAACACCUUCAGAAAUGAGAAAAGUCUUGCAGCUUAGGGUUGAUUUUAAAGCAGACGAGAUCAAGAGGUUGAAGCUGUAACAUGUUGUUGUUUUGUCACUUACAUAUAUGUAUAUUAUAUUUGUAGCAUUGUUAUUCAAUCAUAAAAUUCCUGCCAUAAUCACCAAAGAAAGGUAGUUCACUUUUUCUUACUUUAUUUUCUUUUUCUUUUUUCUUUUAUAUUAAUGUUACUGGUCUGAUUUUUUUUUCAUAGCUGUGUUAAGAUUUUUUCACCUUUUUUUGCCUUGGAUUCUAUUUGUGCAAAUAUGAUUAAUGAUGGGGUAUGGCUGAUUUUCUCUUUGGUAAAUUGAUGUCUUCUAUUUAUUUAUGUUAAUCAUAUAUAAAGAUAUAUAUAAAGCA